CUCACUCACGCAACAGAAAGUUUUGGAGGCCAGGCGAGCGGCGGGAUACCGACGGAGAGGAAGUGACGGGACCGCGCGCGAGAGAGAGAGAGAGAGAGGGGGAGAGGGAGAGAGGGAGACGGGGAUAUAAACACAAAGCUGAAUUAGAAGCAACGUGCGAUCGCCGGAUUGUGGAGGACAGGAGGGAGGGAGGGUGAGUGAGCGGGGGAGAGACGGAGCUGAAAUGCGCAUGAUCUUAACAACGCCGGAGCGAGAGACUUUCAGUGGAAGUGAACUCGCGUCGGACGAGUGAAGAGCAGAGAUUUGAAGACCAGAUCUCCAUGCCCGGCUUCGCGAGUCCGGAGGGCGCCCGGCGCACCGGGGACCGUCUGGAAGCGCGACCGACAAACUAGAACCCCCCCCCCGACCCCCUGCACUUUGAAUAUGAAGGAAAAAGACUUUACGUAAAACAACAACAACAACAACAAAAGCCCGAGAUCUUCAGUGAGGGGAUAUGAACGCGGAUCGGUGGGACUUCUCCCGGUUUUCUUUUCCCACCUCUCGUUCGCUUUCGCGUCUCCGGGGAUGUUUGCGAGUCGCGUCUCCGCGGCUCCGGUCCGGACGCUGACGCGCCUCUGCGCGCUGCUGCUGCUGCUGGUCGCCGCGCUGGCGCGCGGCUCCGAGCUGCGGGUUCGGGUCCGGCUCGCGGACGGGCUGGUGACGGAGGAGGUCCUGGAGGCGGACAGCGACAGGGACUUGAUAUCGGUGGAGUUCAAGCAGGGAGACGGGACGCUGAUCACGUUUGUGGCGGACUUCAAGCAGGAUGUGAAGAUAUUCCGAGCGCUGAUCCUGGGCGAGCUGGAAAGGGGGCAGAGCCAGUACCAGGCCCUGUGCUUCAUCUCUCGCCUGGGCCGCAAUGAGAUCAUCCCCAGCGAGUCCAUGGCCCGUCUCAGACAGAAAAACCCUCAGGCCAUUCGCUUGGCAGAGGAGCGGCGAGGAUUGGAGCAGCUGGAGAUGAGCGCCGCCGUCAACAUAAGUCGGGCCUCUCAGCUCAGCGCCCACAUUCACAACAUGUGCAGUGAGGCCGGGGAGGCCAUCUACACCAGGGAGUCUGAUGUCAGGCACUGGCUGGACAAAGGAGUGGACGGCUCCAUGUUCGAGGUGCUGCCCCAGGCGGCCGAGGCGCCCGGCUUCCAGGCGUGUCACUCUACUAAAGACUUGUGGCAGGCCUGUCUCUGUACGUACAGCCUGCGCCUGGAGUGGUACCCGUGUCUGCUGAAGUACUGCCGCAGCCGGGACACCACGGGAAAAAGCUCGACCUACAAGUGUGGCAUAAAGAGCUGCAGCAAGGGCUACCAUUUCACCUACUAUGUUCCCCAAAAACAGUUGUGCCUAUGGGACGAAGAGACCUAGCAUUUGGUUCCUGGUGGUUUAGGAAAAGAGAAGUACUUUUUUUUGUUUUCUCCCAGCCAAACUGAUCCGAUCGAAACUCGGUUUGUGUGGAUCUGAAGUUAAACUUGCUCAGGUGGGGAGAUGCAGAUGUUCAAGCUGAAACUGAAAUCAUUUCAGGUUCCAAUUAAGACCAAAACGUUUUGAGGAAGGAGAGCUGCAGCGCGUUGAUCAUGGAGGACCCACUGACUUUAAGCCUUUUCUGGAAACAAUACAUAUCGUGGUGAACCACGAUGUGACUUUGCAAAGGAGCGGUCACUUUUGUGCCUUUUUUUUUUUUCUGAAGUAAAUAAUUGGAGCAGAUUACAGAUGUCAACAACCAGAACCUCCCAAACGAGCUACGUUAUGCACAAGGAUGGACGGUGCAUUUCUGGUCAAUGAAACGCCAGCAAAGGGAUUACAGAGUCCCACCGUGAUUACAGGAGACGUGCUGGACAAACAGAAUUGACCAUCCUGGUGAAGGAAAACAUUCGAUUGGGGAAGUUUUCUUUCCUAUGAAGCUCUGUGAAAAACUGUGUGUAGCCAGUUUGUUCGUAACCGCGUCAGCUGGUAGGUAAAACAGGAAAUGCUUCUUCGAUGCUGGCUUUAUUUAUUUUGGUUGCAAAGUGAAAUUAUUGAGGACUUUUGUAUAUUUUUGCAUUAAAUAAGCUCUUCCAGUCAAAACCACAGGCCCUCAGUAACAUGUCAGAACAUUUGAACCUCUGAGUUUGGGAGGUCGUUUCUAGACUCGUCCUCAUUGGACGCUAUGUUGUUGACAACAAGUUUUCAUGGUUGACCGUGAGUUUGGAUGGACACAUUUAUUUUCUUUUUAGAUAUGAUAGUUAUCAAUCAAUAUCAUUCAUGCCCACCGCUUUCAUUCUAGUUCUGUUUUCCAAGUGCCAAACAAGCCAAAGUCGGAGGCAUUACUGUCAAAAGAAGGGUCCAACGUUUCAGUGUCUUGAACUCUUCUCUGUGGUUGUUUUCCAUGCUGGUAUUCACUAAAACUUCAGCAUGGCCUGUUUAAUAACAUAUGCUGCCAUCUUCUGGUUAAACCGUUCUUCAGUUUACUAAAUGCUUUUACUUUUCAGUUUUGUUUGUUCAUCUCAGCCGUUAAAGGGCUAUAAUUUAUAUGGCUCAAAUCCCUAAUAAUAUUUCAUGCAUAGUUCAAGAAGCAUUUCUAUAACUUGUGGGACCAAAUUUAUUUUUUGUCAGUUAUUAAGAGAAGUAGAAUAAAGUAAAUAUAUAUAUUUUUCUUCUUACAUCCAUCUUCACUUUACUGCCAUAUCUAAACAUUGUUUUGUAAGUUGGUAUGUCACGCUAACUAAAGAACCAAAUGAGUGGAAUAUUUCUAUUCGUGACCUUUACUUGUGAAAAAGUGCCUUAACAUUUCUGCUGAUAUCUUUGCUUUGUUAUUAUAGAUUUUCUGUGAAAAGAGAAAUGUUGUUAAAAAGCUGGAUACAAUUAAGCAGUUAGGUAAUGUACCAUAUAAGAUUUUUACAGAAAUUUAAAUAAAGUCUUUCUUUGCACUGCA